GGGGUUCCUCUGGCAACAUCUACAGCACAACAUCGCCUUUUUAUAGAUCGACUCCUUAUCAGUAUACGCAACGGCUGCUAUCUACAUCAACAACGCCAACUGUCUGUGCACGGGCGUGCAACAUUUCUCAGCACAUUCUUACUCUCUCGACUAUGGUAUGUCCUGAGGUUAACCGUAACCGAUACCUCUGCUUCGUCCUUUAAAUACGUUACAGAGCGUCAUAUCCAGCUUUAUCUCGCACCGCAAGUUUCCCCGAAUCGCCAUAUCCCGUCUCCAGCAACCAUAGCAACAGGCGGUUUACAAGUUCUCGACCCUCGAGCACAGCACCAAGCACUGCAACUACGUUGGAUACAACCUCUAGUCGAUUAUCCUAACGCCAAUACAUUAGGUUCCCUGGUAAUACUUUAUCUGGCGCACCACCUGCUGUGCAUCACAUCGAAUCUGCCGAUCAUUGCCUCCUACUCGCCUUCCCUGAAACAUGCCCUCGUCUUCUACAGCAACAACCUUCGACAAUAG